AUGCUAACGGUGUCUGACUGGUACUUCGCAGGCGCCUUGAAUCCCGAAACGCGGGAGCUCCAGACUGCUCUCAUGAACAAAAAAUUGGCAAGUACAGUGUUUCCACAUCUACUAGAAGAAUGUCUGGGUAUGAGAGAGCUGAAGCAAAUCCAUGCUUCUGCUAUUACCCACGGUCUUGCUCGAUUCGCCUAUAUCGCUAGCAAAAUUCUGGCUUUCUGUGCUAAAUCAGAACACAAGGAUUUGCCCUAUGCGGAGACGCUUUUCAAUCACAUGAUGACGCCCAAUGUCUUUGAUUUUAAUUCUAUGAUAAUGGGUUUCUCGAGUAAUUCAGAGUUCGACAAGGUUUUCUCUAUUUUCAACCGAAUGCCUGGACUUGGCGUACGUCCUAAUGCUCGAACUUUCACUUUUGUGGUCAAAUCAUGCGUUUCUUGUCUUUACUUGAACAGCCUUAUCAGUGGUUAUUGUGACAAUGGUUUGGUCAAUGAAGCUCGGAAUUUAUUUGACGCAAUUCCUCAAAGAAAUGAUGUUUCCUAUAGUGCAAUGGUAUCUGGAUACGUCAAGAAUGCUUUCUUCAAUGAGGGAAUUGAGCUCUUUCGCGAGAUAAAGAAUUCCGGAAAUCGAAGCCGAAUAAGUCUCUUUUAG